AACCUAUUCUUUCCGUUUUGUUGUAGAAAAAGGAAGUGAAGUAGUUAACACCCCAGAAAAUAGUCGGUGAAAAUAGUAUCAAAAUGUCAGAAGAGUUAGUGUGGGGAGUUAAGAAUGGAGAUAUUGAUGCAGUUAAAAAAGAAAUAGAAAAUAAAAAGGGAGAUAUUAAUACUGAAGUACAAGGAAGAACUGCCCUUCACUUUGCAGCAGAUUAUGGUCAAACAGAUGUUAUAACUUGCUUGUUAGAUAAUGGUGCUGAUAUAAAUAAACCAGAUAAACAUGGUAUAUCGCCACUUUUAGCAGCAAUAUGGGAAAAUCAUACAGAUGCUGUUAAGUUGUUAUUAGAAAGAGGUGCUAGUAAAGAAGGUAAGGCACCAGACGGAACGUCGUACUACGACUGUGCCGAGACGGAUGAUAUUAAAGAAUUAUUGAAGAAAAAAUAAAUUGACACAUUGGUGCUAUAUUUCCAAAGGAAAGAGACUUACAAACCUUGUAUUUGGAAUGCCAGGAAUUAUUAAUUAUGAGACAGACUGUGAAGAAAAGAACAGGAAAAAAUGAUCAAACAUUUUAAUGUUGCAGAGAUCUAACGAAGAGAUGAAGGAAAUUUGAAAAAUGGAAAUAUUUUUU